AGGGAGAGGGGGGAUGGAAUGGAAUGGUGGGGAAGAGUAGUGUCUAGGCCUGUCCCCUCCACCAAAAACAGUCUUUCUCUCUCUAAAACAGACCAAAAGCAGCCACCACCACCACUACAUUGGCUUUUUUUUUUUUUCCUUAAAACUUUUUGCCCUUUUGUUUUCUGUGCUUCCCAUGUCUGCUACUUGUGCUCCCUCUUCCCUGUACCUGCAAAUGGGGGAGGAAUCAUUCUUUGAAUUUCUUGUUAUUAUUUGAUGCAUACUAAUCUUUUUGCUCCUUUCUCAUCUCAUCUCAUCUCUUAACUUACUGUGUGUCUAAAGCUAAAUCUAAAACUAAAACUAAACACGACCUUCUUGUCUUGUUGUUGUUUUCUGUUCAGCUUCUAGCCAGUCUCAUGUUUUGAUUAUCUUUCUUUCCUUAUCCAUGGUUUAUAUCUGAUUUCUUAACCUCAUUUCCAUUCUUCCUUGUUGAUCGCAUCUCUCUCUGUCUAUCAAAUUACUUGAUGUAAGUUUCUGUUUGGUUAUGUGGUUGCUGUACUUGUAUUUUUAAGCCCACACUACUGGGACAUAUUAUACACUAUACAAACACUGGGUGGGGUGGUGUUCAUGGAAAUUGAUCUGAAUCAUCCAGUGACUGAGGUGGAGAAGAAUUCAUUUUGUACCAAUGGGGACUCUUCAUCUUCUUCUAAUUCAUCUUCAUCUCCAGUUUCCUCUUCAAUUUACUUGGAGCUUUGGCAUGCUUGUGCUGGUCCUCUCACUUCUCUCCCUAAGAAAGGGAAUGUGGUUGUCUACUUCCCUCAAGGCCACUUGGAGCAGCUUGCCUCUUCCUCUCCUUUCUCUCACAGGGACAUGCCCAAUUUUGAUCUCCACCCACAAAUAUUUUGCAAAGUUGUAAAUGUGCAGCUACUUGCCAAUAGGGAAAAUGAUGAGGUCUACACUCGGCUUACUUUGCUUCCUCAACCAGAGGUGGUAGGACAGGAUUUAGAAGGCAAAGAACUUAAAGAGUUAGGCGUGGAUGGAGAGGGUGACGACGCAUCACCAACAAAAUCAACCCCACACAUGUUUUGCAAAACACUCACAGCUUCUGAUACUAGCACCCAUGGAGGGUUUUCCGUUCCUCGAAGAGCUGCCGAAGACUGUUUCCCUUCACUGGAUUAUAAACAGCAGAGACCCUCUCAAGAGCUUGUGGCCAAAGACUUGCAUGGAGUUGAAUGGAGAUUUCGUCAUAUUUACAGAGGUCAACCAAGAAGGCAUCUUCUAACUACGGGAUGGAGCAUUUUUGUGAGUCAAAAGAAUCUUGUUUCAGGGGAUGCAGUGCUAUUUCUGAGGGGCGAAGGUGGAGAGUUGAGACUGGGGAUCAGACGAGCUGCUCGACCUAGAAAUGGUCUUCCUGAUUCUGUUACUGGCAAGCAGAAUUCACUUCCCAGUGCUCUCUCCUUGGUGUCUAAUGCAAUAUCCACCAAGAGCGUGUUCACUGUUUCAUAUAGUCCAAGGGCCACUCAUGCAGUGUUUGUUGUACCCUUCCAAAAGUAUAUAAAAAGCAUCACCAAUGCAGUUUGCAUCGGGACAAGAUUCAAAAUGAGAUUUGAAAUGGAUGAUUCUCCUGAAAGAAGGUGUAGUGGUGUAGUAACUGGAACAGGUGACUUGGAUCCCUAUAAGUGGCCCAACUCAAAAUGGAGGUGCUUAAUGGUUAGAUGGGAUGAAGAUGUCAUCAGUGAUCAUCAAGAACGAGUUUCCCCAUGGGAAAUUGACGCUUCUGUUUCACUCCCACCCUUGAUUAUUCAAUCUUCACCAAGGUUGAAGAAACUGCGGACUGGGCUGCAAGCAGCCCCACCUGAUAAGCCCAUAGCUGGAGGGGGUGGGUUUUUGGAUUUCAAGGAGUCUGUAAGAUCCUCCAAGGUCUUGCAAGGUCAAGAAAAUGUUGGUUUGCUAUCACCUGUGUAUCGAUGUGAUACUGUAAACCAUCCACUGGAUUUUGAGGUGCGGAAUAAAGCACAACAAAAUCUCAUAUUGUCAGGAAUAGAGAAGGCUAAAAUCAGUGAGUUAACUAGAGCUCACCCUGCCACCCACACAGGAUUCAUGGAAUCUGAUAGGUUCCUGAAGGUCUUGCAAGGUCAAGAAAUACGCUCGUUGAGUUCUGUUGGUGCUUUGGGAAAGCCCAAUAUUGGACGCAGUUCUUUCCAGAUGUAUCCAGGACCAAGACCCGCUUUCUAUCCUGUAGCAGCGGAAAGCCUUAGAAGUAUGUACUUUCCCUAUGGAGAUGUAUACAAAAAUGGUCAAGAUCCCAGAACACAAUCUUAUGCUAUCUUCUCUAGAGAAAAUGCCCAUUUCAAUACAUCUUCUAUUCAGACUUGUGUGGUUAGGGAAGAAGUUAGAAAGUCUAAUCAAUCAAGCGAGUAUAAGACACAAGAAAGUAUUUCUGCUGCACCGGCUUUAUGUGCAAAUCUAAGAAACCAAAAGGAUGACUUUUUUAAUGGGAAUGCUACUGGCUGCAAAAUUUUUGGGUUCUCCUUGAAUGCAGAAACAUCUCCAAAUUCGCAGAACACUAGUAAGAGGAGUUGCACAAAGGUUCACAAGCAAGGUAGCUUGGUCGGAAGAGCUAUUGAUCUUUCAAGGCUGAAUGGCUAUAGUGAUCUCUUGAAUGAACUAGAGCGACUAUUUAGCAUGGAGGGUCUUUUACGAAAUCCUGAGGAAGGAUGGCGAAUCUUGUAUACUGACAGUGAGAAUGAUGUUAUGGUUGUCGGAGAUGACCCAUGGCUUGAGUUCUGUAAUGUGGCAACCAAGAUCCAUAUAUAUACCCAAGAAGAAGUGGAGAAGAUGACCAUUGGAAUUACUGGGGACGAUACUCAAAGUUGUUUGGAUCAAGCACCUGUGAUUAUGGAAGCAUCCAAGUCUUCAUCAGUGGGCCAGCCAGAUUGUUCGCCAACAGUAAUAAGGGUUUGAAGUUCGUUAAUGAAACGAGUACUAUGCUUGCUAUGUUUGUGCAACUUAUUGUUAAACACCUGAAUCUAGUUGUGUAUUCUGUAUCAUUCAUGUUCUGAGUUCCGCAGUGAAUGGAACCUAUUGAAGCUUUUAGGACUUGUAUGCCUCUCUUGGCCCUCAUAUACGAGGAUGAUUGAAGUCUGUUAUGGAACCAGUGAUUUCUUUUUCA